AGCACAUUCAGCCAGCGUGGGAAAGCGAGGAGACGACCGAGCACACACACAAGCACUGCAUAUUCUUGCAUAGAUGGGAAAAACAUAAAGGGGGAAGGACGUUUGUAGCGGAUCGAUGAAAAUCCGCCACAUUUGAUUCACUAGGCUUUCUUGAGAGAGUGAUCAGACGACCCCUUUCACUUGUUUUGCCCGUUGAGUGGUACCGCUGGAAGAUGGGGGUUAAACCGUGCACCAUCCGACUACCUGUGUGGCCCAUUGCAAGGACACUGCGAGAGCUGUGAUGUCUAUGGAGACGCUGGGAAAGUGAGCGCCGCUUUCUGCAACUUUAUGAAUGACGCAACUCUCCAGGCAGAAUAUAAUAAACUGGGCAGUGCACGUGCCAGCGCCGCUCUCCCAAUAAUGCCUUUGUGAAAUAUCCGCGCGCUUGUCACGUUUCGGGAUUCCCCGCAGUACAUCGCCGUGAGAGAGAAAAAUGGACAAAGAGAGCUUGACCCAACAAUAUGAGCCGGUGGCUGAGAUCGGCGAAGGUGCGUACGGAAAGGUGUACAAAGCACGGGAUUUGAAGAACGGGGGCCGAUUUGUAGCGCUGAAGAGAGUUCGCGUGCAGACCGAAGAAGAGGGAAUGCCCCUGUCUACCAUCCGCGAGGUGGCGGUACUGAGGCAGUUGGAGUCGUUUGAACAUCCCAAUGUGGUCAGAUUGUUUGACGUAUGCACAGUUUCCAGGUCUGACCGGGAAACCAAACUAACUUUGGUCUUUGAACAUGUGGACCAAGAUUUAACCACAUACUUGGAGAAAGCACCUGAUCCAGGAGUGCCACCUGAAACUAUAAAGGAUAUGAUGUACCAGCUGCUGCAGGGUCUGGAUUUCCUCCACUCUCACCGUGUGGUUCAUCGAGAUCUCAAGCCUCAAAACAUUCUAGUCACCAGUGGAGGACAGAUCAAACUGGCUGAUUUUGGUCUGGCACGGAUCUAUAGCUUUCAGAUGGCUCUGACUUCUGUGGUUGUCACAUUAUGGUAUCGAGCUCCAGAGGUGCUGCUUCAGUCCAGCUAUGCUACUCCCGUAGAUCUGUGGAGUGUCGGCUGUAUCUUUGCAGAGAUGUUCAGACGGCGCCCUCUUUUCCGUGGGAACUCCGAUGUUGACCAGUUAGGCAAGAUUUUUGAUGUGGUGGGGGUCCCUUCUCCAGAGGACUGGCCUCAGGAGGUGGGCUUGCCACAGAGUGCCUUUCCCCCUCGCCCUCCCCAGCCCAUAGAGGACCUGGUGCCUGACAUGGAUGAGCUAGGCAAAUCACUUUUACUUCGUUUUCUGUCAUUUAACCCCUCCAGAAGGAUAUCAGCUUAUGAUGCACUGUCCCACCCAUACUUCCAGAGUCUGGACAGCACCAGCAAAAGUCUGUAUGCCCAACCCUUCCCCAAUAAAAAGCCCUCCCUGGAGGAGAGAGCUGCUUGAAAGACAUGCAUUCUCAUUUUAGACAUUGACCCUGAUCACCCCACCCCCUUUGAACUUGUCUUCCACAGCAUAACAUCACAUGCUGCUUUUAGAAUUCAGUGAAAUAUCAGCACAACUAUUGGUUGAUCCUCCUUUGUCUUUGCUCUCACUACUGCCAGUUAAUACAGACCAACAACAGAAAAACAUGCUGCCUGGAAUAACAUUCAAUUUUGAUGCUGCUCUUUUCUGCUCAGUGGAAAAGACGCUUCUCGAUACUGAAGCUGCAUCACUGCCAGGGAUCAUCUGUUCAGUUUACAUGGACCGAUCUAAAAUUAGUCUUAGUUGCAUAUCACUGCCAUGAAACAGCAACGUCUUAUGUAGGAUCAUUUUAGUUUUACUUGGAUAUAGCAAAUAAUAGAACCGCAGCUACUGCAAUUUUGGGCUCGUUGAACGGAACCUCUUAUUUUACAACAUAAGAUAUAAUUGCUAAUUCACAUUUCUGUGCACUCACACUUCUGAAGCUCUCUCGGUCUCAGGCCUGGAGGAUCUGUUUUGUUUUCUGUAAUCUUGUGACUAUUUUGUUACCGUGCAGUCCAAGCAGAAGUGUGUGGACACAUCUCCUCAUGUGACUUGGACACUAUGUGUAGCCGUAUUAAUGACUGCAUAAAUAAAGACACGCAGAAUCAUUUUAUGUUACAUUUUAUGUAUUAUUGAUUAUGGCAUUUCACUAUUUCCCGUAAACUUCUCGCAAGUCUCCCAAGCAUCCUGGUAUACUUGUCGAUGAAUUGCCAGGACAGAUGCCACCAAACACUUUGACUUCAAGCAUUAUUUAACACCACAUUUUCUUGGCAGUAUAAUGUUAUUUUACAUGUAUUGUUUUGCAUUGUAAAUUCUACAUCCUGUUCACUUAUUUUAUGUCGGUGUUGGUUGUUGACAACUUUUGUUUUUGGCAUUGUGUUAUGUCUUAAUUUUAGAGAACUUGAAGGUGUAGGUUGUUUAGAAAGCUAUACAUUGUUGACUUAUACCAAACAGUCUACACCCUGUUGUCAGGGAUUAUGUGCCGAGACAAAGUCAAAGGCUGACCUGCACUGGGUUGCAUGUUGAAUUUAGUGUUGGAUUAGAGCAGAAAGAAGCAAAGAUUGGAAAUAUAGAGAAUAGUUUUGAAAGUCUAGUAAAAGUAGCUAUAGAGUUGGUGAGUGUUAUGUUAAAGGUCAGGUUGUGAGAUAUGUUAGAGGCUUGAAGAGUAAUGUAUUAUCCCAUUAUUAAUCGAUUCAGUCCAGGUCCUUUUACAUUUUGUUACUUUUCAUCCUUCCGGUUUCCAUUUCACUGUACAGAUAAAUAAUCAUAAAAUAUGUGGCAAGCUGUAAUGUUGGCUAUAGUGCUUGCCAUUGCCCAUUCAGUGCCUUCAUAUGGCGAAAAAGUGAGGAAGGAAGGAAGGACGCUGCUUCAGGAUUUAUGAUUUAGCCUGGAGUUCUGAUUCAGGUGAAGCUGUUUAGAGAGACUAAAGGAGAAGCUAUACGCAGGCACUGUAUUACAAUUUCACAAUGUAAUAUUCACACAGUUAAGCACUGAUGCUUGAUUCAUACUCUCAGGAUCAGUAUACUCAUUCUGUCACAUUCCAUACUCAGGUCUAUUUAUGGCUAUAGUUUUAGAUUCAACAAGGGUUCAGGUUGAGGCUAAACCAUUAAUCUAACAGUGAUUCAUAUUAGAAUGUGGUCUCAAAUCUAUCCAUUGCAUUGAUUCAAUAUGAAACUGUAGUAUAAUAGAUGUUGGUUUAUUUAUGUCACUGUUCAGUCACAUUUCCUUAAAUUCACUUGCAUUAUUUUGGACUCAAUUUGGAACAGAUAAUGAAACAUACUCGUAGUCAUUUCAUUUUUUAUACUUCUACAUUAUUAUAUUAAUAUACACUGUUAUGCAUCAACGUUUGUACUGCUAAUUAAUUAUAUAUAUAUUUUUUUAUAAAUAUCCCCUUUGAUCACUCCUGAUGAAAUGUGCAUCAGUGUACAAUCUAAUGCACAACAAUUACAAUGGUUUAUAGCUGGUGUAGAACACCAUCAUUUUCAAAUAACAUUAUGCUGGCACAGCUUUCCCCUCCUCCAAAUGAGUCUGUGAUUGGAUUUGAUGUUUUCAGAGGGCAUUAGGUAUCGAGCAAUGUAAACAAACGUAACUGUAUGCCUUUUUGUUUGUGGGUCUAGGAUAGAACUAAUCCGUUUUUUGAGCUUGGUUAGUGUGGUGAAUAAUUCAUAGUGUUUUAAAAUUCUAAAUGUGUUCAUUGUUAGGCUUUCGAAUGUAUGACUGUUCUUGUUAGUGAUGGGAUUUGAAUUUUGAUGUGAUAUAUGUGCCUAUCAUGGUGAAAAAAUAGCACCUUUGAUAUUUACCCAUCUCAGUGCUUUUCCCCUUGAAAUAUAUAUUUUUUAAUUUAAUUUAGUAUGUUUUGUGAACCUGUUGUGGAUUUAUUACAUUUAUGUUUAACUUUGAUUUUUUUAUACAUAUUUUGUUGUUUUAAAUGAUGAGCUUUAGUUAGUCAUUUCUGUAAUCUAUUUGAUUCAUAUAAUCAGAUAUAAUUUUAAACACAAAAUUGAGUGGAAUUGCUGGACAUUGGUACAUGGUUUUUUUUUUGCUCCCUACUAAAAUUCCCUUGUCACUUUUUCUUAUUUAUUGACAUCACGUCUUUAUGAUGAUUUGAAUGCUUUUAAGGCAUUCUGUCAUUUGUAAUUACAAUACUAAAAUUUGUAUCUAAUUGGUCAGUGAUGAGCUAAUGGUGCUACACCUCAUGUAUCACUGCAAACUUCAACAAUUGUAAUCAAUUUGGCAAAAUUGUUCCCAGGAGAACAGUAAAAAAAAGAAAAAGAAAAUACAUAUAUAUAUAUAUAUAAUUUUAAAAUAUUCACUUUCAUUUUUUUUAUUUGUAUUGUUAUACUUUUACCAUAUUUACAUGGUUUCAUUUGUGCUAUGUUUUCCCGAUAUGACUUAUACAAAUAAUUUAUAAUGUAUCCAAGACAUAGAAUACUUUGAAUUUUAAAUCAUUAAGCUGGAAAAUCCUGUGCAUUAAAACACACACACACAAUAUGAUAAAUCAUCCACAAUUAAAUAUAUUUUCUAAUUAAUGUGCACAAUGUUUUCAUUCUGCUGCAUAGAUACGGUGUAUAAAACUAAACUAUUAUCAUUAUACAUGUAUACGACUCCUAUAUGGUAUUUUAUCAGCAGCACAGUUAUGUUUUUUUUUAAUUAAUUGAUAACUUCAGACUGCAUUAUAUGUUUGACUUAUUCUACUUUUUCAUUGGAAAAUAAGGUAAACUGAUCAGAAGGGUUUCUAAGGUUUUAUGAUACGUACAUGUCCAUUUUUCACCCUUUUUUUCCCCCAUUGUGAUCAUAUACAGUAUCUGUUUUUUCAAAAUGUGUUGCUCUUUUGUGUUAUGAAUUUAUGUAAUUGUUUUAAACUUUGCCAUCUUUAACUACGCACACUCAUUAGAAAUUGAACGUUGAUUAGAAAUUGAACAUUGAUUAGAAAUUGAACAUUGAUUAGAAAUUGAACUGUAUGGGUUCCUUUUUUUUGAUUUUAUAUCACAUUGGCUGGAGAUUGGUAAAGUGUAUUUUGUUGGCACCCAAUCUUGUGUGGUUUACCUUUUUAUUUUUUUAUUUUAGCAGUUUGUUGUCAGCUUUCUACAUUCAUGUAAUUCUAUUACUAUGGGGAUUGAAAAAUGUGUAUUUGAAAAUGUGCAACUUUUUGUCUUUUAUCAAUGCUUCUAUUGUUUUGUUCAACUGUGUAUGUAAUUAUAGUGUUAAAAUAAUUUUGCAUUCUGCUUUUACCAUCUAAAUUCUUUUAGGCAAGAAAGGCAAAUGUGGACACCAAGUAAAAGUUACUAUCACAUGCAUGUGGAGUUUUAGUUUUGUAAAAAAAACAAAAGUCUUGUCUGGUUUAUCAUCUUGUCAGGAUUAGUCUAUCAUACAUAAAGUAGAAUGCAUUACAUUUUAUGAUGGAAUACAUAAUAUCAGUUUUAAAUACAUUUCAUUUAAGGUUGUUUUAAUGUUUUUAUUAAAACAGCACAUUCUUAAAUUUAAAGCAGAUGUUUUAUUUCUUAAUUCAUUUCAUUUAGUAACUCUUGUCAGUAAAGUGCAAAGAAUUGUAUUAUUUUGCAAGAACCAAAUUGAAAUAAGAUUGUUGGUCACCGUGCCCUUGUAUGACCAUAUAAGCUUUUUUGUUAAUUUGUUUGAAGAAGGGUGAAUGAGAUAUGAUCGUGUUUUGUAUCUUUGUUUUCUCUGGACUGGUUUUGCUGCUAAUGGAUGUCUUAGGCUCCUUUAUGAGUUCUAUAAAACUGGCCCACCUAAAGAUGAUUCCAAUUUGUUGCCAUUGAGAAAAAGCUGCUUUUGCGUUUGUUUUGUAUCUGUAUCUGCCUGACGUUUUCAUAUUUUUGUAAAAUAAAUAUUCCAGUGUG